UCAGCAGAGAUCGGCAGCUGGAAAGUGAGGGCGGAAGUAAGCGGAGGUGCGGGCGGAACCGAUGAACCAUCGUCUGCUAGAGUCAGCUAGAGGCCUUGGUCUAUCUCGGCUUGUAUGGAGUCGUCAGACGUCUCUUCAGAGGAGCGGCAGCUGGUAGAAGAGGACACUGUUCUUUUGGAUGACCUGGAGCAGAACCCCUUUGAUGGUCUCCCGUUUUCCUCGCGCUAUUAUCAGCUGCUCGCCGGACGGCGGUCUUUGUCUAUAUGGAGCGUGAAAUACCAGUUCCUGGAAAGUCUGCAGAACAGUAACAUCGUCCUGGUGUGUGCAGAGCCCGGCGCCGGCAAAAGUACCCAGGUGCCACAAUGGUGCGCAGAAUAUGCCCUCUCCCAGCAGUACCGUGAGGGUUCUGUCGUCUGCUCCCAGCCCUACCCCACCGCUGCCUUCAGCCUGGCCCUCAGAGUGGCGGAUGAGAUGGACCUGAAUGUGGGCCAUGAAGUCGGGUUCUCCAUUCCACACGAGGACUGCUCCUCUGCUAACACUGUCCUGAGGUUCUGCUGGGAUUCCCUUCUGCUCCAAGAGCUGACCUCUGACCCUCUGAUGCAGACCAUUGGUGUGGUUGUACUUGAUGAAGUAGAUGAGCGUACAGUGGCCACUGACCUUCUGCUGGGCCUCCUGAAGGACAUGACACUUCAGAGACCGUUCCUUCGCUUGGUGGUGAUCACAUCACCCGGGUUUCGUCAGCGUAUGGUGGACUACUUAGGUGCAGACGUCUCCGUAGUGAAUGUUCCAGUGCGAGAACACCUGCCAAAUGUUGUUUACCGCCCAUCAGUGCCACAUGACCACAUCAUGGCUGCAUGUCACAUGGUCCUAGAUGUUCACCGCAGGAAUGAGCCGGGGGAUGUGUUGGUGUUUUUGGCCAGUGAAGAGGAAGUUCUCCGGUGUUGCUCCGCUCUUCUCACAGAGUCCGUGUCUUUGAGUCCCAGUUUGGGGUCGCUAUCGCCUGUGUCUCUGAUGGCCAGUGCUGGUAAUGGGUUGCAGUCAGUGUACGAGGCUGAAUCCACAGACGAGCGGCGAAUUUACCUCUCGGGUUCACUGACAGAACUUUCCUUCUCUCUCCCGGGGAUUCGUUACGUCAUCGAUACAGGGCACGAGCUGCAGACUGUUUACAAUCCCCGGAUCCGGGCAGAUUCUCAGCUUCUCCGAGUAAUCAGUAAAAGCCGAGCUGAGAUCCGCAGGAUGAGAGUGCAGGCCCCUGAUGGGGUGUGUUAUCGAUUGUACUCAGAAAACGUCUUUGAGACUCAGAUGCCGGAGUUUUCCCCUCCUCGAGUUCUGGAGGACAACCUGAGCCGCAUGGUCCUGCUGCUGAAGAGACUGGACAUUGCGGACCUCGGCCAGUGUGACUUCCUAGAGCGACCUGCCCCGGAGGCCCUCAUGCAGGCUCUAGAGGAUUUGGAUUACCUGGCGGCACUGGACGAUGAUGGGAACCUGUCUGAGGUCGGCAUCGUCAUGUCGGAGUUUCCACUGGAUCCUCAGAUCUCCAAGUCCCUCCUGGCGGCCUGCGAGUUCCAGUGUGUCAGCGAGAUGCUCACAUUGGCAGCAAUGCUUACUGUCGCCCCCUGCUGUUUUCUGCCCCCUCCACAUAGCGCUCCUGUGCUGAGUUCUCGUCGUGCUCUGCAGCGCCCUGAGGGUGAUCACAUGACCCUCAUCCACAUCUACAACCACUAUAAGGAGCACGGUGACGCUUGGUGCUCUGAUGCGGCGCUGUGCCCGCGCUCCUUGCACCAGGCUGACGUGCUGCGCGCAGAGCUCCUGGACAUCAUGCAGAGAAUUGAGCUGCCGGUCUCUGCCCCCAUGUUUCCCGAUGAGGAGUGUAUCCUGAACGUCACCCGGGCUCUGCUAUCUGGAGGAUUCCUCAAGGUGGCCCGGGACGUGGACGGACAAGGAAAUUAUGUGAUGCUGACUCACAAGCACGUGGCCCACCUGCACCCGUCCUCUGUGUACUACGGCCAGAUGCCACUGCCCACUUGGGUCUUGUACCAUGACUUCAGCAUCUCCCAGGACAACUGCAUCAGCGUAGCCACAGAAAUCCUCCCCGAGAUGUUGCUGGAGUUCGCCCCUCAAUAUUACUUGAGUAAUCUCCCUUUAAGCGAGAGUCGCGAUCUACUUAUGGAACUGCGAGAUCAACUUCAAGACCAAGAUACGUUUACUGCACAGAGAGAGGAGGACUCCCUGAAGGAGGCAGAGGAGAAGGACACGUGCUGUCUACAAUGAGGGGUCUACUCUUUACUGGAACGUGCACUUUACUCUGAGCCAAGGAGAGCCACCAUCUCCAGACACUACAGGCCACGGCAAGGGCCAGGGCCGACAUUAUCCUGCCAAGACCCAGAUGUGAGGGGGCAAACCUGCAGUACCCGGGUAACCCCUACCGUCUGGGCUGCUCCGGAGCUUAGUAUGUAAAGUAGUUGUAUAUGAAAUUCUCUAUGACAGAUGCUAUAAUUUAUCAAUCAGGGAGAGAUCAAGACACAUAAUGGACAAGAGGGAUAAGUGCUCCUGCUCUCCUCCAUCUUUCCAUCGUGAGGUUACUGUAUGAUGUGGCGCUCUCGGCAGGACACUUGGUUCUGUAUAUGAUAAAUGUCUGAUGAUUGACGUCUGACUGACGAGUGCUCCUGCUCUCCUCCAUCUUUCCAUCGUGAGGUUACUGUAUGAUGUGGCGCUCUCGGCAGGACACUUGGUUCUGUAUAUGAUAAAUGUCUGAUGAUUGACGUCUGACUGACGAGUGCUCCUGCUCUCCUCCAUCUUUCCAUAGUGAGGUUACUGUAUGAUGUGGCGCUCUCGGCAGGACACUUGGUUCGGUAUAUGAUAAAUGUCUGAUUGACGUCUGACUGACGAGUGCUCCUGCUCUCCUCCAUCUUUCCAUCGUGAGGUUACUGUAUGAUGUGGUGCUCUCGGCAGGACACUUGGUUCUGUAUAUGAUAAAUGUCUGAUGAUUGACGUCUGACUGACGAGUGCUCCUGCUCUCCUCCAUCUUUCCAUAGUGAGGUUACGGUAUGAUGUGGUGCUCUCGGCAGGACACUUGGUUCUGUAUAUGAUAAAUGUCUGAUUGACGUCUGACUGACGAGUGCUCCUGCUCUCCUCCAUCUUUCCAUAGUGAGGUUACUGUAUGAUGUGGUGCUCUCGGCAGGACAUUUGGUUCUGUAUAUGAUAAAUGUCUGAUGAUUGACGUCUGACUGACGAGUGCUCCUGCUCUCCUCCAUCUUUCCAUCGUGAGGUUACUGUAUGAUGUGGCGCUCUCGGCAGGACACUUGGUUCUGUAUAUGAUAAAUGUCUGAUUGACGUCUGACUGACGAGUGCUCCUGCUCUCCUCCAUCUUUCCAUCGUGAGGUUACUGUAUGAUGUGGCGCUCUCGGCAGGACACUUGGUUCUGUAUAUGAUAAAUGUCUGAUGAUUGACGUCUGACUGACGAGUGCUCCUGCUCUCCUCCAUCUUUCCAUCGUGAGGUUACUGUAUGAUGUGGCGCUCUCGGCAGGACACUUGGUUCUGUAUAUGAUAAAUGUCUGAUUGACGUCUGACUGACGAGUGCUCCUGCUCUCCUCCAUCUUUCCAUCGUGAGGUUACUGUAUGAUGUGGCGCUCUCGGCAGGACACUUGGUUCUGUAUAUGAUAAAUGUCUGAUGAUUGACGUCUGACUGACGAGUGCUCCUGCUCUCCUCCAUCUUUCCAUCGUGAGGUUACUGUAUGAUGUGGCGCUCUCGGCAGGACACUUGGUUCUGUAUAUGAUAAAUGUCUGAUUGACGUCUGACUGACGAGUGCUCCUGCUCUCCUCCAUCUUUCCAUAGUGAGGUUACUGUAUGAUGUGGCGCUCUCGGCAGGACACUUGGUUCUGUAUAUGAUAAAUGUCUGAUUGACGUCUGAAUGACGAGUGCUCCUGCUCUCCUCCAUCUUUCCAUCGUGAGGUUACUGUAUGAUGUGGCGCUCUCGGCAGGACACUUGUUUCUGUAUAUGAUAAAUGUCUGAUGAUUGACGUCUGACUGACGAGUGCUCCUGCUCUCCUCCAUCUUUCCAUCGUGAGGUUACUGUAUGAUGUGGCGCUCUCGGCAGGACACUUGGUUCUGUAUAUGAUAAAUGUCUGAUGAUUGACGUCUGACUGACGAGUGCUCCUGCUCUCCUCCAUCUUUCCAUAGUGAGGUUACGGUAUGAUGUGGCGCUCUCGGCAGGACACUUGGUUCUGUAUAUGAUAAAUGUCUGAUGAUUGACGUCUGACUGACGAGUGCUCCUGCUCUCCUCCAUCUUUCCAUCGUGAGGUUACUGUAUGAUGUGGCGCUCUCGGCAGGACACUUGGUUCUGUAUAUGAUAAAUGUCUGAUGAUUGACGUCUGACUGACGAGUGCUCCUGCUCUCCUCCAUCUUUCCAUCGUGAGGUUACUGUAUGAUGUGGCGCUCUCGGCAGGACACUUGGUUCUGUAUAUGAUAAAUGUCUGAUGAUUGACGUCUGACUGACGAGUGCUCCUGCUCUCCUCCAUCUUUCCAUAGUGAGGUUACUGUAUGAUGUGGCGCUCUCGGCAGGACACUUGGUUCUGUAUAUGAUAAAUGUCUGAUGAUUGACGUCUGACUGACGAGUGCUCCUGCUCUCCUCCAUCUUUCCAUAGUGAGGUUACUGUAUGAUGUGGCGCUCUCGGCAGGACACUUGGUUCUGUAUAUGAUAAAUGUCUGAUGAUUGACGUCUGACUGACCAGUGCUCCUGCUCUCCUCCAUCUUUCCAUCGUGAGGUUACUGUAUGAUGUGGCGCUCUCGGCAGGACACUUGUUUCUGUAUAUGAUAAAUGUCUGAUGAUUGACGUCUGACUGACGAGUGCUCCUGCUCUCCUCCAUCUUUCCAUAGGGAGGUUACUGUAUGAUGUGGCGCUCUCAGAAAGAUAUAUUUGUAGGAGGCAGUGGGAUUUCACUUGAAUUGUGCUAGAUAUAGACUUGCAACAUUGAUAACACUAUUCAUAGUUUUAAAGAAAUACAGAACAUUUUAAGAUAUUUUUAAAGUUGAUCCUCUUUAGCAUUUUCUUAAUGCACUUUUGUUUGUCCUUUUGAAAGUCUUUCAUGCCUGACAACCAGUUGUUUACAAAUGUACAGUAAUGAUGGGUCUACUCCUCGGGUUACUGUCCAGCAGCUUCAUGAAGUCUACUGGUCUAUGUACAGUAAUGAUGGGUCUACUCCUCGGGUUAUGUCCAGCAGCUUCAUGGGGUCUACUGGUCUGUGUACAGUAAUGAUGGGUCUACUCCUCGGGUUACUGUCCAGCAGCUUCAUGGGGUCUACUGGUCUGUGUACAGUAAUGAUGGGUCUACUCCUCGGGUUAUGUCCAGCAGCUUCAUGAGGUCUACUGGUCUAUGUACAGUAAUGAUGGGUCUACUCCUCGGGUUACUGUUCAGCAGUUUCAUGAGGUCUACUGGUCCAUGUACAGUAAUGAUGGGUCUACUUCCCAGGUUACUGUUCAGGAGAUUCAUGAGGUCUACUGGUCUAUGUACAGAGAUGAUGGGUCUACUCCUCAGGUUACUGUCCAGCAGCUUCAUGAAGUCUACUGGUCUAUGUACAGUAAUAAUGGGUCUACUCCUCGGGUUACUGUCCAGCAGCUUCAUGAAGUCUACUGGUCUAUGUACAGUAAUGAUGGGUCUACUCCUCGGGUUACUGUCCAGCAGCUUCAUGGGGUCUGUUUCUCUAACAUGUGGCUCGGGGCAGUGACUCAUCGGUACUGCGCAUUGUGUUGUAGGAUGGUACGCUCUGCUAUGCUGUGUAAUCUGAGAACGUGUUUGCUUGGUUGGGGGUUAUGAAGAAGGACACUCCUGUCCCUCUGGGACUUCCUCUGGUGAGUGGGUCUGUGCAAUAACUGAAAGUGACCAUAAGUCUGGCUGCUGUCUGUGUGACCAUGGUCAUCAUCUCUGCUCUCACUGUGCUGUGUAGAGGCUGCAUGUGGAGCCCCCACCAUCACAAUAAAUCCGUUGUGUGCACAGCC